AUUCUCAUUACCUCUUCUCUCGCUUUUGCCUAGCUUUUCGUUCAAAUUUCUCUUUUCCUUCGUUUUCUUCUUUCUCUUGUUCUUCCCUCUCUAAAUCAUCACCCAUAACUGAGGGAGGGAAGAACGUACAAAUCCUUUUAAAACUGAGUAUAUAAUUGGUUAUUAUAUAUCAAAUUAAGCAGUUAAAGGGAAGAGUGAGAGGGAGAAAAUCUCAACCUUGAAAAUGUCGGUGUCUAAACUUUUCUUUGGAGCCCUUACAAUCGUAUGGAUAGUUUUCUCCAUUUUUUUCCCAAUGGCACAGGCUCAGUCCGCAGCUCCUGCUCCGGCUCCGACAAGCGAUGGAACAACAAUAGACCAGGGCAUAGCAUAUGUCCUUAUGUUGGUGGCUUUGGUCCUCACUUAUUACAUCCAUUAAUCCUUUUGUGAUUUUAAUUUUGGUCUCUAUUUAGUUUAAUUAUAUUUUCUCAUUUUGAUUAUAAUUGAAUGGAGACCAUAAAAGUUAUGUGGUAGAGAAAUUAACGAGGUUUUCUAAUAUUUGGAGUGAUACAAUUUUGAAGUUCAUUUGUAUAACGUCGAUGUGCGUCAACUGUUGGAAAUAUAUUUCAUCACCUUA